AUGGAUCUUUGGUGCAGCCUUUUUGUUGGAUUUGCCCAACUUUUGGCUGAUAUCGAUCCAUUUCCAUCUAUACCUGCUCCGAUGGCCAUUGCUACUUCUAAUCAACUGCAGUACUCUACACCAGUCAAGAAGCUCUGCAGGUCAGCUCAAGAUGGCGAGUGUACCAAAUGCACGCGCAACUAUCUUCCCAGUUACGCUCAUGCAACUUAUUUUAAAAAACCAAAAGAUGCAGCUGUCGUACUCCCGCUACCACAUACGCUCAUCAAACUUCAUCCAAAUCAUCUACCCUCACUGUUACUCUAUUGUGCAUGUAUUGUCCAGAGGGUGGAAGCAAUGAGCAAUCUCGGUACAACCCAACGAGCGCUUGGCGAAUGGGCUGAAGUUGAAGAAUGGUGGUGGCGAGCGAUUAGAUUGCGAGCGUAG